CGCUGCGGGAGGUGACUGCCGUUGCCGCUGAGCAGCGCACAGCAGAGGACUGAGCUGUCACAAAUACCGUAUUAUGGCUUCCCCUACUACCAGCAUGUGCUGCCGGCUCUUUACCAAACGCAGCAGCGUGAGAAGUUUGAGGAAGCUGUCCAGCCAGCGCGGGGCUCGGCUGUACUCCAGCGCGACAAGCCAGAAGGAUAAAGUUGAUCCCGGAGACGCGGCUGCGUCUCCCCCGAACUUCACCUCUCUGAAAACUGCGUCCAGACUGGAAACACUGAGAAAUGAAAACAAAUUACCUUUUUCAGCAUUCUUGACUGACAACUUUGGUCGCAAACACAACUACCUGCGCAUCUCCCUGACUGAGAAGUGCAACCUUCGCUGUCAGUACUGCAUGCCGGAGGAGGGGGUGAAGCUCACGCCGAGGAGCCAGCUGCUGUCGGCCGCCGAGCUGCUGACGCUGGCUCGCCUCUUCGUCCGAGAAGGCGUGGACAAGAUCCGCCUUACUGGAGGGGAGCCCCUCAUCAGACCUGACAUCCUGGAGAUUAUCACUGAGCUCAGGAAGUUGGAAGGCCUGAAAACCAUUGCAGUAACCACCAAUGGCAUGAACUUGGCCAGGCUUUCGCCGAAGUUGAAAGAAGCCGGUCUGGACCUGAUAAACAUCAGCCUGGACUCUCUGGUUCCCGCCAAGUUUGAGUUUAUCGUCAGGCGGAAAGGGUUCCACAAAGUAAUGGAGGGGAUUGAUAAAGCUAUUGAUUUGGGCUACAAUCCUGUUAAGAUCAACUGUGUGGUGAUGCGAGGCCUCAACGAGGACGAGCUGCUGGAUUUUGUGGCGUUGACUGAGAAGAAACCUCUGGAGGUGCGCUUCAUUGAAUACAUGCCCUUCGAUGGGAACAAGUGGAACUUCAAGAAGAUGGUGAGCUACCAGGAGAUGCUGGACCACAUUAGACAGCAGUGGCCCAACCUGGAAAAGCUUCAAGCUGGAAACACAGACACUGCCAAGAUGUUUAAAGUUCCAGGCUUUGAAGGUCAGGUGGGCUUCAUCACCUCCAUGUCCGAACACUUCUGUGGCUCUUGCAACCGUUUACGCAUCACUGCAGAUGGAAACCUGAAGGUGUGUCUGUUUGGCAACUCUGAAAUCUCCCUCAGAGAUGUUUUGCGCUCCGGAGCGUCGCAUGAAGAGCUGCUGGAGGUUAUCGGAGCCGCUGUGGGCAGGAAGAAGAAGCAACAUGCAGGCAUGUUCAGUAUCUCCCAGAUGAAGAACAGACCUAUGAUCCUCAUUGCAGGAACUUUUCGUAGUUGCCUGCCAAAGACAGAAAGCAGCAAGAGAGCGACACCUGAUAUGGUCCAGCUUGAAAAUGACUGUGUCUUUCGUCGGAGGCCUGCAGCUGCUCGUGUUUGCCGCUCAGGCAGCAGGAGACACCUCAACAGAGAGCCCUUUUUGUGCCUUCUAGACCAUAAUGAUUCAAUAUGUGCAGCCCUCGGCCCCUACUCCACGACCUCCAGCAGUUGGGGAUCUCAUGUCGAUACAAACAAAGAAAGCCCUGACGUGACAAGCAGCCUCCACAGCGCGGCACCCCCUCGCUCCUCAGAGACUAGAAAUACUUUAACCAGUUCUCACAUUAAAACCCCACGUUUUGAGAUGCACACAAAUGAAAUGAGCUACAUUACUGAAGAAUGUCUCAGGUAUGACCAAGCAAGGCGUGCUAAUGGUCUGAAGGACCGCCUCCUCAGGACCACAGGGACUUCUGUCUUUUGCACACUGCGAAUGAAUGCCAAAAUAAAUCCUCCACACGUCAGCGUUAGGCAGUUGCACAAUCAAAGCGCCAGCGAACAUCCUCCCCAGACUGCGAUGGAUCAGACUGUGUCGGCCUCAGGUGUUUCUGACUCUCCCAGCGACGCUGAAGCCCAGUUGACCCACACGGACGCCCAGGGCCGAGCCACCAUGGUGGACGUUGGGGGGAAAGCUCCUUCCUGUCGCAGGGCCCAAGCCUGCGCCACCGUCAUCCUGGGCCCCGCCGCCUUCCCUCUGCUCCGGGACAACCAGCUGGCCAAGGGGGACGCCCUGACCGUGGCGCAGCUGGCCGGCAUCAUGGCGUCCAAGCAGACGGCCGCGCUCAUCCCGCUCUGCCACCCGCUACCACUAGAUCACGUUUCCGUUACCUUUCACCUCGACGAAGUGCACCAGUCCGCCGUCAUCACAGCAACGUGUCGCACUACGGGCAGGACGGGCGUGGAGAUGGAGGCUCUAACCGCCGUCUCCGUGGCAGCGCUCACCCUCUACGACAUGUGCAAGGCAGUAAGCCACGACCUCGUCAUCACGGACGUAAAGCUGCUCAGCAAGACCGGCGGGAAGAAGGAUUUCCACCGUCGUCAAACCCAGGAAAACGCAGAGUGAAUGAAAUUCACUGGAAUUAUUGCUUCUACAGAUUUGUGUCAUCAGAAUACCGUAUUUUCUGGACUAUAAGCCGCACCUGCAUAUAAGCCGCACCCGCUCUAUUU